GAAAAUUUUCUCACUGAAACGAGUGGUCGCGGAAUGAAGAAGUCAACCGUUCGCUGCGUGAUGCAAAACAUUGUGUGCUUGUAAAUGGUGUUUUUCGGGACCAAUUUUGGGUGAAAUCGCCCGACCGGGUACGGACGAAUCGGUGCACGUGGAAUUACUGCCGGAAGUGGUGCUUGCGAGUGGAAAAUUGAAACUAUUGGCCUAAUUUAGUGUACAAGUGAGGACAGUGAAAAUCAUUUGUUGCUUCGAAGUUUCCCCGAUGAAGGUGGAUGUUCUGUGUUCCAUGUGUUUGUAGUGUAGGGUGCUUGUCAGAGUAGGGGGGUAAAACGGACGGGGGCGUUGGAAGGCAAUAUAGCACGGAUUGGUUGCUACUAAUGGUGGUUUAGUGCUUUAUAUUGUCUGUGCUUGGAGUGUGAGUUGCGCUUCUAGUAGAGUAGAUACAGGGCGAGAACAACACAACGAUCUUCAAGGAUCUCUCAAGGACUACUUGGAAUUAAGUACAACCUGCUUUUCUAUUGCUGCUGCUGCUGCAUAGCAACGAAAGUCGUCGCCGUUGAAGUGAUACAAAACUUGACACCACUCAACACAGCCGCUACGGUAUCAGUAAACGGCGAGCGUCCUCGUCUCCUGUGGCAUUGGAUGAGAUAAAACAGUAAUCGACCGUCCGUUGGUGAAACGCUUGGUAGCUUGAGGAUUGAAGGGGCGACAAACACAGCGGAUACUUCUGGCAAAUUGGUGUUUCCUCUAUCUUAUUUGCUGGUGCGGACAUUGCUACUGGCAGUCGUCUGUCGGUAGCAAUAAUACACGUAAACCUACGGCAGCGGACGGAUUACUGUCAGCGCGAUGUGAAGGUAACUUUUGCUCGGCAGUAGAUUUGCCUGGUUACAUACAGUUCGGUAACGAUUGGUAAACAGUCACGAUCUGAUCAGGCAGAUUAUUGAAAUCGUUACGUGUGCAAAAGCGUACCAGUGUAUCGAAGAUUACCAUUGUUGCAGAAUGUCCUGCAAACUUAUGAUUUUAUUUUUUUGUUCAAAGAACAAUCCACGGCACAACGAGAAAUGAUUUGGACGCACCUGCACUCAAGAAACCUAAACUUACGAUUUUUACAGAAAUUUCAAAUAAUGGGAAAAUAUUUCAAAUUGUUGGGAAUGUGUACCUCCACCAGACGAUUUAACCGGCGGAACUUGCAGCAACAGAGCUCUGUGCAGUAGCAAAACCAAUCACAGCAACAAAAAAAAACUAGCCGUGUGGGGUAGUUAACGUAAUUACUGCCAGGUAGUCGACGUCAGAUCAUCAAACAACAACCCAAGGGGGAGAAAAAGAGAGUAGCAGGCAAGCGCAGAAUGCCAUCCGCAAUGAUUGCAUCAAUCGACGGCUAGACUCACGACACGACGGUUUCACGGAUCUACCUGCAAGGCACACAAAAGGAUAUCAUACUCAUUAACGCACCGAGAAUCACCAGAGAGCCCACUCACGAUGUCAGAGAGCACAUCCAACCAUCGGCGGUCGACUUCGUUCACGACGAUGCCACCGGUGCUGACCGACAGCCAGCAGGGUUCAAUUGAGGACAUUCAGAUUUCGCUGGCCCCGUACAUCCAGAGCUACCUAACGCAAACCGGCCGGCGGCACUCGUGCUGCAGUGUGAUGCUUCCGGUAACGUUUGAGCGGGCCGCCCCCCGGUCUUGCUUCGAUCCGCGUUUCGAUUCGCCAGUGCUGGAGGGCCAAUAUCAGGCCAGCGUGUUCCCGCAGAUACGACUGAAGUUCAGAUUCGCUCUACUGUACAUCCUGCUGUGCUCGCUGGUGUGGCUGCUGUACUUCCUGUUCGAUGGUGGACCCACGCGGUACUCCCUGCUAACAGUUUCGAUCGGGCUUAUCCUCGUGUUCGGUCUGGUUGGCAUGUGGCUAACGCAGACCGAUGCCUAUCGGGCUCACACGAGCGCCAUCUGUUCGUGCUGUGCGAUACUGCUCUGCGUGUUCUCUCUGUUUCUGCUACUGUUCACCGGCGACGCCCUCAGUCCGCUGGGACAUUUCUCGAUCUGCAUCGAAAUCGUAAUGUUGAUCUACACUAUAAUUCCGCUGCCUUUGUGGAUGUGCUGCAGUAUCACCGCAGUGUACUCAGUGUGCUUUGAAGUGUUGUCCUACUUCCACCAGACGCAUUAUGAUCAACAACCGGAUGCCGGAGCGCUUGCACAACUGGAACGGAAGAUGGUUGACACCGGCAACUUUGUGUACAAAAUUGUAGCAAUCCGAAUAUUGAUUCAGCUGUGUGUCCACCUGCUCGGAGUGCACAUCCUUAUAAUGACGGUUGUCAGAAUGAGGGGCACAUUCAUGAAAGUGGGUCAAAACUUGCUCGUGCGGCGACAGUUGGAGAUGGAGAAGCAGCUGAAGGAGAAAAUGAUACAUUCGAUGAUGCCCCCGAAGGUGGCAGACUUACUGCUGAAAGAAAGUGGGAGUGUCGUUAAAGGUAUGAGCUUCGAUCAAUGUCCUCCACCUCCCAAGCGAUCAAUCCCACCGGAUUUGAAAAGUUUAUUCCGGCCGUUCCAUAUGAACAGCAUGGAAAAUGUGAGCAUUCUGUUUGCCGAUAUCGUUGGGUUUACCAGAAUGUCCUCGAACAAGACUGCCGAACAGCUGGUGGAAAUAUUGAACGACCUGUUCGAGCGCUUCGACGAUUUGUGCAUGAUCAAUGGAUGCGAGAAGAUCUCUACACUGGGGGACUGCUACUACUGUGUUUCGGGUUGUCCAGAACCAAGGCCGGAUCACGCAAUUUGCUGCGUUGAUAUGGGACUAGGAAUGAUCCAGUCGAUACGAGUGUUUGAUGCCCAACGGCAUGACGGCGUAAAGAUGCGGGUUGGAGUUCACACGGGAACGGUGCUUUGUGGAAUCGUUGGAACUAAGCGGGUAAAGUUUGACGUGUGGAGCAACGAUGUCACGCUGGCGAACAAGAUGGAAUCCAGCGGCCGUCCCGAUCAGGUGCACGUUUCGGAGGAAACCUGCGGUUUCCUAGGUGAUUCGUACAUUAUCGAAGAGGGCGACGAAGUUGACGGUCACCGCACGUACUUCGUUUCAGGUAAAAAGCAGGAGUUGAUCAAUUCGAUUACGGAAGGUCUAUCCAGUAUUGGCAUACCAGGAGGAGAUGGCAGUAAUUUGUUGCCCCCAUCAUCACUGGAAGCAGAUAAUUUUCUACAUCACCAUGGUGGCGGUGGAUCACCAUCGGGGACAACCGAUGGUAUUUCACAGAGUGCCACCAACCUAUCCACCAUUCAGCCAAUUGUUCCACCCGCGUCACCGGCGGGUCCCGUUUCGACAUCACUUAAUCCGUCGCCAGUUUCCAGCCCAAGGCCUCGGAUAGCAUCGCUGUCGAAAAUGACCAAAUUUCUAAAGGGUAAACAUCACAACCACCGAGCGGACCCGGAGAAGCCGAAAAUAUUUGUAAGCACCAAGUCAAUGCCAAACGGGAUUGAUUCCGACGAGGGUGAGGAGGACACCGGAAUGGUAACUAUAGUUAAUGAAAAGGGAUCUAAGUUUAAAAGUUGGAAGGUAAGCAAAUUGUUGCGUAAAGUAGAAUCGCCUGCUGGCGGUGGUCAAGUGACCUCACCUCUGUCUCCCACCGUGGAGCCGGAGAGCAAAGACUGUGAUACUAGUAGGAAAUGUGAAGAAGUGCCAUGUGUAUUAGAGCAGAGCGGCGGUACUGCAGGUGGCUAUCAGCAGUUACCAAUCGUAAUUGUAACUCCGAGACCGAGCAGUCACACAUUAGAUGUUUCGGCCUGUUCGAUUCAUGGGAGUGUAUACUUGCGCGAACGAGAAGGCUCGAAAUCGCUUAGUGUCGGAGGAGCCACAGUUGAUGAUCGGCAUUCCAGCCUUAGUCAGAAUUCCGUGUUUGAUGAUAUAAUCGAUAUACGGUCAUAUAUUUCUCAAAGUCGAAGUGAUAUUUCGCCAUUCGCGCGAUCCGGAAGCUAUCGGUCGCAGUGCGAGAAAGCUUCUUUGGUGACGGAUGCAUUUACGGGAAGACCUCGAAGUUCGACAAUAGCAGUUAACAGUAUAAACAGUUCCCUGUGUCAACCUGGCAGGUUACUGUGUGAUGGAGCCAGUCUGUGUCCUUCGGCAACGUCUCGAAAAGAUUCAGGCAUUCGGUCGAACAGUAGGCGAUCGAGCAUCCAACAUCAAAUCAUGCUGAUGAAUCAAAGUGCGGCACUGUCCGCCCAUCGGGUGUCCGGUUAUUUUACCAGUUCUCAAUCUAGUCUGUCCGCGGUAGUCGGUGCUGCGGUCUCCACCUGCACGGAACCAGUAAUGGCGUUGAAAUCGAACGGAGAUGUAAAUGAUCUCCGGUGUGUAAUCAAGGAACAUCAUCCUGAUCCGCUGGCAGCAUGUCUUCAGCAGUUACGCAAGCAGUCGGAUCUCCAACUGAUUCGUUGUGUACGCGAUAAUGCACGCAGUCAGCGAAGUUAUCUCGUGAAACCACCGCUUCUCCCAGUCUCGCUUCGGUUUAAAUCUCGACAAAUGGAGCACGAGUUUCGGUCGAAAGCUCAUCGCUUUGGAAAUGAGUCUGAGUUGGAGGGCGGUCCUCCAACACUUGCCACUCCCAAGUACAACACCUACAUAGACAUUCUCGUUUCCUUCCUGGUCUAUCUGGCAACUUCUACUUCCUUGUUUCUUCUGUCUCCUUCGGCAUAUUUGGAAUCGUAUAAAGUUUGGGUUUGUAUCUUUGUUACUUUCAGUACGGUCCAACUGUUUGCCCUAUUUAUUUGCACUAAGCAGGUCUGUCGGAGGGCACAUAAACCGGCCCGCACAUCGCGGACAGCCGUCAACCGAAGCUGCUAUGACACAAUCCUCCGGCUUAACUGGUACCCGUGGCACAUUUGUGGAGGAAUUCUUAUGUCUCUUCCGGUAGUUUCGAUUUUAUCGAACUUUGCAAUGAUGGAUGUCAGCAAGUUUCGCAUUUUCGAGUUUCAUUACGGCUUUCUGAUGUUUAUUUGCGUUAUUCAUUUUUGCAAUUUUACGCAAUUGAACUGCUGGAUGCGGAACUGCUUGGCACUGGUGACGUCCAUCACGUUUGUUGGGAUUGCCAUUGGGCACAUGUGGGAGUUGAAAAAGGCGAACGCUGUGCUAGGUGACACGAGCGAGUCGGUGUUGAAUGGAACGGUGUUUAGUUCCAGCCAGCUGCAUCAAGCUCAGUUUGAUUGGUUUAACGAUUACCGGGUUGAAAUAUACAUGGAUUUGUUUCUGCUGCUGGUUUUGGUGUGGUUUUUGAAUCGGGAGUUUGAAAUUAGCUAUCGGUUGAGCUUUUACGGAAGUGCCGUCGCGAACCAGGAUAAGAUUCGUGUGCAGAACAUGAAGAAUCAGGCGGAUAUGCUCCUGCAUAACAUUAUUCCGAAGCAUGUUGCGGAGCAGCUGAAGAAUACAGCCAAAUAUUCGGAGAAUCAUCGUAACAUUGGCAUUAUCUUUGCCAGUAUUGUGAAUUUCAACGAAAUGUACGAUGAAUCAUAUUUGGGUGGGAAAGAGUAUCUGCGAGUACUUAAUGAGCUGAUUGGGGAUUUCGACGAAUUGCUGGCGAGGAGUGAGUUUCGGUGCGUGGAAAAGAUCAAAACCAUUGGUAGCACAUUUAUGGCUGCGUCCGGAUUGGACCCGAGUUGUCGAGGUGAGAAUUAUGAGCAUCUCUAUACGCUGGUGGAUUUUGCCAUCGCAAUGCAGCAAGUGGUGGAUUCGUUCAACCGAGAUCUGCUGGAAUUUAAUUUGAUAAUGCGAGUUGGGUACAAUUUCGGUGAUGUUACAGCUGGCGUCAUAGGUACCAGUAAGUUGUACUAUGACAUCUGGGGCGAUGCGGUGAAUGUAGCAUCCCGGAUGGAUUCGACCGGAGUGCCCGGACGGAUACAGGUUGGUAGUGCCUGUUUGGCCGUGCUCUCCGAGCGGUACGAUUUCGAGCCCCGGGGAAAAGUGUACGUCAAGGGAAAGGAUCAUAUGGAAGUGUACUUGCUGGUGAACAAGAAGCCAGAUCUACUGGGACCGCCGGAGUUGGAUAUAGAUCCGAUGUGAGCUGGCGCAUGGUGUUGCGUGUGUGUGUGGGAAUUGCCAGUGAAGUUGAAUUCACAUUUUUCUAAAAGGCUCCAAAUGUUGGUUUCUCCGCUUAGUGUGACUUCUUUAAAGUUGACCACUAAACCGAAAUGGGCAAAAUUAACUACAAAUUAAGUAAAAUCAUUGUGUAAUUGUUAGUACUGACUAGUGACAACAUCACUGAGGAACAUAUAAGUUUGAUGCAGAGGCUUUAACCUUUUCAGGAACGUCGAACUUCGGGACUAACGGUGCGACCGGUAAUUUGUAUCAUAGUUUUUAUAAUCAUUCCAUUGACAAUAGCAAAGGGCGACGUCCUCAAAAACCUUUACCAGAACCAGCACAUUCGAUAGUUUCCUUAUACUGAACUAUUUGAAAUAUUCUUCAACGGUAUCGGCUUAAGUUGGCAGAUCACAAUCGUUGGCAAGCUUGGAAACAACAAUAUUCUCCUCGAGUUCUAAAUUUCGCUAAGUUUGGCGCUAGUUAGUGAAACCGUUAGCUUCGCUAACAAUCUACUGAUCGCUAUUCUCGUCAUGCACAAGAAACAAGUUUUUUUAUAUCUGUAAACUGAAGAUCAAUAGUCAUUGCACAAGCAAGCCGGCUUUAUUUAAAAUUUCAUUUAAAAAUACGGGUACACAGAAUGUCUCAUUUUAUUUUUUUUUCAUUUGCUUUCAAAAAAAAAAGUUGCAUCUAUUACACAGAACCCCAUGCAGAAUAGUAUAUUGUGAAUAAAUACACUACCGGACAAAGAUUCAACACAAUUUUAAAGAACCCUCUUGCCACUAGAAUAUUAGUAGAAUUGCCGUGAACGAAGGAAAUACAAUAGAAUCCUGUUUUUCUGCGUGUAAGUAUAUUUACACGAAUUACUAAUUUUCAAAAGUUUGACUACUAUGCAUGUAUCUAUAGUUGUACUGCAGUGAAGUAGAAAAAAAAACUAGACAUAUAAAAACAAACAAGCUAAUAUACUUUAUGUGCCUUCUAUCGAAUUCGAAUCACAACAAAUGAUAUCUAUCGGUUUUAUCUUGCUCUUAAAUUAUACCAUUGAUAUUUUAAAAAGAGUUUUAAAAAAUCAAUUGUUCAUCAUUGUAAACGCGCUUUAAACUUUGCUUUAAACGAAGGCAAAACGUAACAAAAUUACCAGAUCCAACUAUGCCAGACUCGUGCCAAUAUACAUAUAUUUGCUCUUUUCCUAUUAAGAAAAUGUGUGAAAAUUCCAUUUUGGAUAGUACGAUAGCACACACGACAAAACUGUCGAAAAACUACUAUGAUUUCAUUUCGCACUAUCUCCGCGUUCAGCCAGGUAAUAAAAUUCCUCCAUUUGAACUGAUAUAACAAACACAAACGAAAUAGCAUAUCGAAACAAUCACCCACAGAUGCGUACUUUUAUACGAUACACAUUAUGACCAUUGCACCGCACACUUUUUUUGUCCAAAUGCACGCUCUCGCAAACACAUUCUCACUAGUUCAAGUGACUCUCGUUUUAUGUGGUUGUUUAAAUCGUGUUUCGAACGUAUUUCAAUACCUUUUCCCGUGGUCAUCAUACUAGCUGCUAGAACGAUACGAUAAAUGAUAUUGAGAUUAAUAUUAUACACAUAUUGUAAAACCUACUGAUAUACACAAAUCUUAGCGAAAUAGAUCAUCCUUAACAACUUGACCGAAGCAUAUUUGUACCUACAUGUUUAAGUGUCUUUGCAUACAUUACGAAUUAACUAAACUUAACAACAACAAUGUUAGAGCGUGUGGAGUAAACCAUUUUUAACGGAUUAAAAUUAUAACCGUACACUCAGCUACUUGUUAUUCAAGUACUAAUUCAACCAAUCCUAACCGAGGUUUCCGUUCCAGCAGAAUUGUGAAAACAAUAGCAUACACUAGCCUAAUGGAACAUGAACCAAAUACAAACAAUAUCGCGCACACAAGCACACACAGUACGGCCGAAACGAAAAUAGUUACACACACAUCACGAAUACUCUCAUAGGUAGUAACGUAAGGAGUUGGAACGAAGAAAUGAUGCGCAAACUAAGCGUAAGCAGGCUAACAAACAAUAGCUGUCUGUUGUGUAUAGCAAAUUUUAAGUCACCAAACCCUCUGUGGUAAGAUAUUGUAGGACAACAAAAGAAGUGAGUGCGAGCGUUUAGUCGGAGAUUGGAGUUUAUAUACAUAUUACGACCUAAUAUAUUCUAUUUAUUAUUAUUAGUAAAGUAGCAAUGGAAUAGCAAUGGAAUUGACCAAAUUCGCUCAACUUGUAAAAAAAUUGUAGAGUGCACUGAAAAAAAACAGCAACAAGAAAAAAACGCUGAAUUGAGGAUUUCACUCGUUGUAAUCUUUAUCUAUCGAAAAGUGAAUAGCAUACAAAGAACCAAAAUCUGUAUAGAAACGUAAGUACUGUUUGGAGAUAUCGAGUCGUAACCAAAAGAUGUGAGACUUUUGUAUAUAUUACCAGGAAAAAAACCAAAACGGCUCCUCUACUCGAUGAAAUUUUGAAAGUUUAAACAAGAGUCUUUUUUUAUUAUA